AUGAUGGCAGGCUUCUUUUGGACGAGAUGUGUCAACAGGACCUUCACGCGUGCAUCCUGGACUAAAGACAUCCGAAUUCGAACGGCUAACCGCUUUUACUGGUCAACGUCGAAAAGAAGGCUCACCAAUGUUCUCACAAAUGGAAGCGCUCCGUUUCUGCUGGGCCUCCCAACACUAUCGUGCCUGACUUAUGGAGCUUAUCACACGUUACGCAAUUCACCGGUGGUCCUCGCUUUAGAAAAUGAGGAGGUUCUUGAGCAGGCUGACUACCUUUACAGCUGUGCAGAGACGCACAAGCUAUACCAGCUCUUACUACAGUACAAAAACAGCGAUAACGCCGAAUACUUGUGGAGGCUUGCUAGAGUGUCCCGCGAUGUGUCGGUGUUGCCCGAAACUGACGAGGGACGGAAGAAACAGCUGAUGUAUGAGGCCUUUGAAUAUGCAAAAAUGUCUUUGGAGAAAGAUGACAAGUGUUUUGCAGCACACAAAUGGUAUGCAAUAUGUCUGAGUGAUGUUGGGGAGUAUGAGGGAGUCAAGGUUAAGAUAGGAAACUCCUAUGUAAUCCGGGAACAUCUGGAGCGAGCCCUUGAGCUCAAUCCCAAAGAUGCAACAACUUUACACAUUUUGGGUUACUGGUGCUUUACCUUUUCGGAACUACCGUGGUAUCAACGUAAAGUGGCGGCAGUUGUUUUCGCGUCACCUCCCACAUCUACUUAUGAAGAAGCUUUGCAAUUCUUCCUGCAAGCUGAACAAGUGGAUCCAAACUUCUACAGUAAAAACCUCCUGAUGGUGGGGAAGACUUACAUGGCUAUGAAGGACGAGCAGAAAGCCUUGCUCUGGCUAAACAAAGCUAAAGAUUACCCCCCACGCACGCACGAGGACAAAGAGGUCCAUAAAGAAGCCAUUGACCUGUUAAAGAAGUUCAGAUAA